ACGCACCUUCAGUCGUGCCCUGUGCCUCCAGCCGCGCGCAUCACGCCGCCGUCGCGUCGCGCGCGUCCAACGUGACAACGAGAGCCGAUAUUCCACGCGCGCGCGCGCCACGCCAUGUGAUUUCGCUUGCGUGCGAUCUUGCACACGAGCUUUCUUUUUGUUGUUGUUGCUGCUGCUGCUGCUGCUGCCGCCGCCGCCGUUGCCUGGCGUAAAGUGUGUCCACGCAGAGAGAGAGAGAGAGAGAGAGGAGAGCCCCGUGCGUUCACGAUGCUGUUGGUCGUGUUACUGGUGGCGAUCGCCCGAGCGCAAGGCUUAUCGACGAUCGCCAGCGAGGAGUUGCAAAAUCCCACUGUGCAGCUGCAGGAUUUCAGCUCUGGCUGCUACUUCUCGGCCGAGUACCAGGGCGAGUUUGUCAUGCAGGUGAGCAGUGGCAACAGCAUCGGCAACGUCCGCGGCAACCUCAACACCUUCGACGACGGUGAACCCAUCGUCCAGUACUCCACUAUCAAUAUCACCUUCAAUGCCAUACCCGUAUGGGGCUACUGUCACAAGAAGAUCGCCGAUAAAGUGCUGCUGAGAGACAGUCGAGGUGGCUACGGUGAAUGCAUGAGGUGCUUUCAACUGAUCCGACGCUCGCGUAACAUCGUCGAAGUAUUCUCUCAAGACCUGAACCGAUGUUACACAAACGAGAGCGGCGCGAUCGAAUCCUGUAAACAACUCAAUACAUCCGCCAUUCUUUAUCGUAGUAAAGAAAUUGGCGGCAUUGAGAUUCGGAAUGAAUACUGCCCUAUUGCCGGCAAGUAUCGCUUCAAGUACAGUGUCAAUUAUGAAUUCGACGGACUAGACGAUAAUAAUUCCGAAGGGAAAGACGAAUGCACUGCUUUUUCCUCGGACAUGAAUAAUUGUCCCGACGGCUCCCUACUUCAUCUUAAAUUCAAACGCUGCACCUUUGAGGAUCACGAAGUAAGCUUUGAAUGUCUUGGAAGUUGGCCAGCUUCUAGUUCAGAUACGAGCAGUGAAGGGCCUAGGUAUGUAGCUUUGUUGGACAAUAGAGGUGUGCCAGAUUUUGCUGGACCUGCCAAAUGGAGACGACCGCGAUACCGAUGUGGUCUGUACCAUGUUGAUAGCAGAACCUCUAGAAUAUAUCUAACAUUAAGCAGCGAUUCAAGCUGUAAUCAGAAUCUAUAUAAUUCUACUACUGGUUACGAGAGUCUAAUACUGAGUAAAACAACAACACAGAAGAAGAUUCCACCCUACGUCAUUAAGAAUUUGCAAUCGUUCCCUCAAUGGGCUCAAGGCGAAUGGCAAGAGACUCUCAUCGUAAAUGGAACGAUGACUUUCAAUGAUUUGAAUGGCUACAAGAGUUUCACGUUUGUCACGGUUGACUCAAAUGAUGAAACUGGCCAAUAUAUUGUUUUCUCUAGAGAUCAGUGCGAGCAAGAAGCGUACAUAUGUCUAAUCAUGAAGCAGCGAAGCGAAAAUGUUUUAGAAUUUGCAGCAGGCACUUUUUCUCUCCCUGUUUAUCAGCCGUAUUUAUGCAAUGAUACUAAUGACUUAUUGGAGAAGUCUAGUGCUGCUUGGUGGACAUUGUCAAGACUGGAACGUACGGUGGAGUCUCCGUGUCCAAUUACAGGAGAAUAUACUGGCGAGAUUAUCGACAUACCGGGAUGGUGUGCAGAGCUGAGCAGCAAUUGCAAUACCCGCCAAGUUAUGUACUAUAAAGUUUAUAACUGUAAUUCUGGAGAACUCUACGAAGAACGAACCUAUUUGUGUCUUGGACAAUGGGAAGAGAAAGGAGUAACGUAUUCCUACACGAUGAGGAAUGAUACAAGUACGAACGAAUGUUUUGUUGGAAAUAUAAUCAGUGACGAUGAAAUUUACAUUAAAGAAGCUGGUGAUUCAUGUUUACGAAACAUAGACCCGAGAACUGAAGGCAUGCGGCUUUCAAAAAAAGGUCAUUGUUUUGGCAAUUCAUCUAGUCCUGCACCUACAAUACCAACGACAACAACAACAAGCACUCAAGUUCCUAUAAUGAAGAUUACAACACCGAUAAAGUCAGUUGCUACCAGAUUACCGACCACUAUGAAAUCAAAUGAAAUGAGAAAAGGAGGACGUACAACGACUGAGAGAAUGCCACCUGUGAUGAGAUCAUCGUCGGACACACUUUGGAAAGACAAAUUAGUGAUACUGGGCCUAGUUUUUAUUUUUACAUGUACUAUUAAUUCAUUUUCCUACCAGGGAGUGUGACAAUACAUGCAAAU